CCAAGACGGGCGAUCUCGGCCCUGCAAAUCCCCCCGCAAUAAUAGCGACAUCUGAAUGCCGGAGGCUUUCUCUAGGAACUGCCUAUUUAGGCAAGGCUACGCUGACGAUGAGACUCUAUACCAUCCCCAUUCCCUGAAACGAGCCAAUAACAAAAGCGAGACGAGCCAACUGGUGUCAUCGCAGCUGACUAUGGACUGACUGCGAAUGGAAGGUCGGGGUAGAGAAACCCUGUUGUCCUGGCCAAGAGCCAAAGUUGCCCGAUGGGAUGGACAAAUGACACGAUGUGGCUGCGAGAGCGAGCUGCCAAGGUUCUUAGCGAUCGCCCAAACAAAACGAAAGUUAUAAAAAAGCUUCGAUUUGCUGUUGCCAAAACGCCGCUUCGCCCCCAUCCGUCCCUGUUCAUCCCAUCUUCCUUCAUCCCAUCUCUCUCCUCUCCUCCCCAACUCCCGCCAUGCAAUUCGCUGCCCUCUUCGUCUCUGCCUUUGUGGCUGCUGCCCUCGGCAUGCCCGCUGGCCACGUUCAGCAUGAGUCUCACGAGGCUCACCCAUCCAUUAUCAAGCGUGCCGGCGCUGCUCUUGACAAGGUGGUCCCCGUGCGCAUUGCCCUCAAGCAGAGCAACCUCGACAAUGGCAUGGACAUGCUCAUGGAGGUGUCGGACCCCGAGUCCGCCAAGUACGGCCAGCACUACACCCAGGAAGAGGUAUCCAAGGCCUUUGCUCCCGAGCAAAAGUCUGUUGAUGCCGUUAAGAAGUGGCUCGUUGAGGCCGGUAUCCCUGCCGACUCUAUCAAGGCGCCCGCGUCCCAGGGCUGGCUGCAGUUCCAGACCACCGUGGACAAGCUCGAGACCCUUCUUCACACCAAGUACAACGUCUUUGAGGACCGCGAUAGCUCUGAGCACUUCCUUGGCACGGAGGCCUACCACCUGCCUGCCGAGGUUGCCGAGCACGUCGACUUUGUGACGCCUGCCGUGGCCAUGUACAAGGUCAAGAACACCGGCAGAGCCGUCCGCUCUCCCGCUACCACAUCCACCGUUUCCAAGCGCGCUGUCGGCGACGACCCCCUCUCCGGCUGCGACGAGUCCAUGACGCCCGAGUGCAUCAAGACCAUGUACAACAUUGCGGAUGCCAAGCAGUCGCCCAACCCUGCCAACAGACUCGGCAUGUUUGAGAUGGGGUCCUUCAUUAACCAAGACGACCUCAACGGCUUCUAUACCAACUUUGCCAACUACAUCCCGCAGGGCUUCGGACCCAAGAUCGACUUCAUCGCCUACAGAGGCGAUCCCAGCCCCGGUGGCAGCGCCGAGCCUGCGCUCGACUUUGACGUCGCGUACCCCAUCAUCUACCCGCAGAACAUUGAGCUGUACCAGGUUCGCAACACCAACAACGACCUACUAGACCAUUUCCUCGACGCCAUUGAUGGCAGCUUCUGCACCACCGACGGCGGAGACGAUCCCAACAUUGACGGGCCCGACGACCCGAGCAGCUGCGGCAAGUUCAAGCCCACCAACGUCAUCUCCGUCUCCUACGGCGGCCCUGAGAGUAAGUGGCCCAUCAAGUACGUCAAGCGCCAGUGCAACGAGUUCAUGAAGCUGGGUCUCCAGGGCACCUCGGUGCUCUUUGCCUCUGGCGACGGCGGCGUGGCCGGCCCUCACGGCAAGUCGUGCUCCGGCGACGGCAAGGUCUUCACGGCCAGUGCUACCUCGGGAUGCCCCUACAUUACAUCGGUUGGCGCCACCGAGCUGCCCAGCGGCAGUUCGCCUGGCGAUGCUGAGCAGGUGCCUACACACUUUGCCCCCGGCGGUGGCUUCUCCAACUUCUACCCCCGCCCCGACUACCAGAGGAGCGCUGUCGAGUCCUUCUUGACCAACCACAAGCUCAACUUCAAGGGCUAUAACAACACCGAUGGCUCCGUCCCUUCGUCUAGCAAGAACGGUGUCUUCAACCAGGCCGGCCGCGGAUACCCCGACAUCGCUGUUGUCGGUGCCCACGGCGCCAUCUUCUUCCAGGGCGAGGUCAAACACACUGGCGGCACCUCCAUGGCGGCGCCCAUCAUGGCCUCCAUGUUCAACUUGAUCAACGAGGACCGUCUGGCGGCCGGCAAGAAGCCCCUUGGCUUCUUGAACCCUGCCAUCUACAAGAACCCCUCCAUGUUCACCGAUGUCACUCUUGGCGGUAUGCUCAAGACACCCGCUGGCUCUUGCGACGGCAACAGCUUUGAUGCCGUCACUGGCUGGGACCCCGCCAGUGGUCUGGGAACUCCCCAGUACCCCGUCAUGGCCAAGUACUUUACCGGUCUUCCUUGA